CACUUGUUUUCAGACAUGGAGGUGAAGCCAAUCAACAAGCGGGCGUCGGGCCAGGCCUUUGAGGUGAUUCUGAAGCCCCAUCCCCGGUGUCAGAUGCGGCCCACAGCAUCGCUUCGCCCCCAAGAGGAAGUGUCUCUAGAGGACAUCCAGAAGAAAUUGGAGGCAGCUGAGGACCGGAGGAGGUCCCAGGAGGCCCAGGUGCUGAGGGCCCUGGCAGAGAAGAGGGAGCAUGAGAGGGAUGUGCUGCUCAAGGCCAUGGAAGAGAACAACAACUUCAGCAAAAUGGCAGAGGAGAAGCUCACCAUGAAGAUGGAGCAGAUCAAGGAGAACCGGGAGGCCCACCUGGCGGCCAUGAUGGAACGCCUGCAGGAGAAGGAGAGACACGCAGCCAUGGUGCGCAGGAACAAAGAGCUGAGGGAAGAGCUGACAGCGUGAGCCCCACCUCUCCCCAACAUCCACCAAUCACGUCCCUCCACCCAGCCUCACCCCUGGAAACUCCACAGCAGACACCAAGCCCUGGAGUCCUGGAGGGUGGAGGACUUCACUACCAACAUACUACACCACCCACCCUGACCCAUCCCCACACACACACACACACACACACACACACACACACACACACACACACACACACACACACACACACACACACACACACACACACACACACACACACACACACAC